AAUAAGUACAGCUGACUGAACCACAAUCCCUCCAGAAGACCCUUUUCAAACACAAUAUGGCGUCUUAUGUAACUUAUGUGGCGGUGUCAGUGUUCCUCCGGUUGCCAUGAUACACGACCGGAAAGAAGCAACAGCCACAGUGACGGAGAAUAGCCCCACUGGUUGCCAUGGCGCCCAGCAGCAAUCCAUCUCAGUUCGUGUGCUUGUGUGGACUGAAGGGUAUGAAAAAACAAGUGCUCUGAUGCAGGGUUGAGGUGCUCACCCUCUUCUUAGGAAAGUAACCUGCGUCUGCAGGAGAUGAUGGGGGUGAUAUGUAAGGAGAGAGGAGCCAAACUAUUUACCACAGAGGAACGAGAUAUUUUUCUAGCUGCUAUGACUGUAGUAAUAGGAUUUGAGGGCAGUGCCAAUAAGAUCGGCAUUGGAAUCAUCAGGGAUGGUGAAGUGCUUUCCAACCCUAGAAGGACCUACAUCACCCCUCCUGGUCAAGGCUUCAUGCCGAGCGACACCGCCAGGCACCACCGUGCUGUCAUACUGACUGUCCUGAAGGAGGCGCUGGAGCAAGCAGGGCUGAAGCCUGCAGACAUCGACUGUGUGGCGUACACCAAAGUUGUGGCAGCAGAGCCGCUCGUCCGAGGCCUGAGGAAACUCCCCGAAGAUAUCGACUGGUCGUACUCAGGUACCCUAAACCAGCGCAACUGGGGUAAAAAGUACCCAUCCUGUAACAGUGCCAGGCAGUCUCCUGUGGACAUCGAUGAGAUGUUCACCCAGGUCAGGCUGCAGUACCAGAAUCUGCAACUCGAAGGCUGGGACCAACUGACGGCGGAGUCCAGCACCAUCCACAACAACGGGAAGACUGUGGCCAUCAGUGUGGAAGGGGAGUUCUUUGUGAGUGGAGGAGGGCUGAGCUCCAGGUUCCGUGUUGGUAGAAUCAGCUUCCACUGGGGGCGCUGCAACGUGACCUCAGAUGGGUCUGAACACAGCCUGAAUGGGAUGAAAUACCCUCUGGAGAUGCAGAUCUACUGUUACGAUCCAGAUGGCUUCCAAAGUCUGGAUGAGGCUAUUAGGGAAGGAGGGAGGACCGCUGCCUUGGCUGUGCUCUUUGAGAUCAGCCUGGAAGACAACGAGAACUUCAGUCCUGUUAUAGAAGCAGUCAACACCGUCAGCAGGUUUGGUAAGAGCGGAUCGAUGGAAGCCUUCACCUUGCGGUCCUUGCUUCCAAAUAACACAGAUAAAUAUUACAUCUACAACGGCUCACUAACUGAACCUCCCUGCUCUGAGACGGUGGAAUGGAUCAUCUUUAAACACACUGUAGCUAUAUCAGAAACACAGUUGGAGUUGUUUUGCGACGUGAUGACGAUGGAGCAGGCUGGGUAUGUGAUGCUGACAGAUUACCUGCAGAACAACUUCAGGGAGCAGCAGCAGCAGUUCAUGGGUCAGGUGUUCGCCUCGUACACCGGAGUGGAGGACGUGCUCACACCCAUCUGCAGCUCGGAGCCAGAGAACGUUCAGGCCGAUGCCCAGAACGACACGACCAUCAUGGUGAUGUGGGAGCGUCCCCGCGUGGUUUACGACACCACCAUCGACUGGUACACGGUCACCUACCAGAGGCUGCAGGGCAGAGACCAGAGCAAGCAGGAGUACAGGACAGACGGGGACCAGGACGUGGGUGCCAUCAUCCCCAGUCUGCUGGCUAACAGCAGCUAUGUGGUUCAGGUGGUUGCUGUUUGCACCAAUGGACUCAGAGGACGAUGGAGCGACCAGAUUGUAGUGGACAUGCCAUUAGAAGACCCUGAAAGCGAUUCAGAUCCUGACGCUGUCGCAAAAGACUUGGAAGGCAACAGGGAGGUCUCAUCUAAAGCCAGAUGGGAGAAACCAGAGAACCAGAAUCAGGUGGAUUUGUCUCCAGAGGACCACAGCCCCGUGGAGGAGAUCCCAGUGGAGCAGACUAGAGUUUACCAGAACCAACCUACACACCAACAGAACCAGCCCGGACUCCAAACCCAAACAAAUCAGAACCUCCCAGGACAGGCCAGCACCCGUUCAACUCCAAACACUCCCUCCGAGUCUGCUGUUUUACAGAAAACGCGACUCAACCAGAAUGUGAAAAAGAAGCCGAUUUGGAAUAAGUCGGAACCCGAUUAUGUGAAUCAGAACUGGAUUGAUGAGGACCAGGAGGUCCGAACACACCAGUCGAUCAAUAAGGCAGGUUUUGACGGCAAUGGGGCAAUAUGGAUAACUGAUGUAACUGAGCAGCCGGGCUUCCUGUUUCCAGUUGCUCGGACAACUACCCCGCCGACGAUCCGCCGACAAAUCACAGAAGAGGCCUCUCUGUCAGUGCUUCCACAUCAGUCAAGGGAUCCACCAGACCAAGCCGAUGAAACUGACCUCCCCUCUCCCCAGUCGGACCUCUACACCCCUCCUGUGGAGGACAUCCAAGUCACAGAUGUCUUCUAUGAAGACACAGUCAACAACUCUCCACUAGAAACCCCCACGUCUGCCUCAACAGUGUCUGCUGCUGCUGCUGCUGCUGCUGUGUUGCCAGGUAACGAAAUGGGUGAAUUCUCUCCGCCGUCCUCUGAUGAUGGCGAUGCCCCUGUAAACCAACCCCUACCAGAAACCAUAGCCUCAGUGUCCUCCACACCCUCCCCCCUCUGGAUCACAGCGAGGGCGGCGACCGCCAGCAACACACUCGCUGAGUCAGUCUACAAAUCAUUCACCACCUCCUCUCUGCUCAGGGUGCUGAUGCACACAACCCAGCCCAUGUUUAAUGAGGGCAGCAACAGCAGCCACGAGUCUCGGAUCGGACUGGUCGGAGGCGUGGAGAGGGAGAAGAGGACAGUGGUUCCUCUGGCUGUCGUCUCCACUCUCACCAUCCUCUGUCUCCUGGUACUUGUGGGCAUACUCAUCUACUGGAGAAAUUGUUUCCAGGCGGCUAAUUUCUACCCAGAUGACGGUGCAUCACCUAAAGUCAUAUCAGCUCCAUCUACACCCCUGCUGCUGGCCACAGAUGGUCACGAGCCGCUGACAGUGAAGCAGUUUGUGAAGCACGUCAUGGAGCUGCACACCACCAACACCUUCUCCAAGGAUUUUGAGAUUGUCAAAGAAUCCUAUGAGGAGGUGCAGGCGUGCACGGUGGACAUGGGCAUCACUGCCGACAGCUCCAAUCACCCAGACAACAAAAGCAAGAACCGAUACAUCAACAUACUGGCCUAUGACCACAGUAGAGUCAAGCUCUCCAGCAGUUUGGACAGAGAUGGGAAAUGCGGGGACUACAUUAACGCUAACUUUGUAGACGGUUAUGAGCGAACGAGGGCGUACAUCGCAGCUCAAGGGCCUCUCAGAGCGGGCAGGGAAGACUUCUGGAGGAUGAUCUGGCAGCAGAAUGUUGGCGUUAUUGUCAUGAUCACCAACCUCAAGGAGAAAGGACGGACAAAAUGUGACCAGUACUGGCCGGAGGAGAACCAGGAGGAAUACGGUCCAUACCAGGUGUCCCUGAAGAGCAGCAAGACCCUCGCUUACUACACACUGCGGACGUUCACUGUCAGAGACACCACCAAUAAGGUUUCUCAGAGGAGAGUUGAACACACUGUCCUCCAUUACCACUACACCCAGUGGCCAGACAUGGGCGUCCCAGAAUACACUCUGCCUGUCCUGUCCUUCAUCAGAGCAUCCUCCCGGGCACGGACACAGGAGAUGGGACCCGUACUGGUACACUGCAGUGCCGGCGUAGGAAGGACAGGAACCUACAUAGUGAUAGACAGCAUGCUGCAGCAGAUCCAGGAUCAGGGUACGGUGAACGUUCUCGGGUUCCUAAAACAUGUACGGACGCAGAGGAACUUCCUGGUCCAGACGGAGGAGCAGUACGUGUUCAUCCACGAUGCUCUGGUGGAGGCCAUCUUGAGCCGUGACACCUCGGUGACCUCGGACCUCCUCCACACUUACGUGUCCGACCUCCUGACCCCCGGGGUGUCGGGCAGGACCCGCAUGGACAAACAGUUCAAGUUGAUCAGUCAGCGGCAGGCGAAGCACGCAGACUACAGCACGGCCCUGAGAGACGGCAAUGCUGAGAGGAACAGAGCCAGAGCUCUGAUGCCUGUGGAAAGAUCAAGAGUGUGUCUGACCGCUUCAGAAACAAACGCCACGGGGUACAUCAACGCCUCCUACGUCAUGGGACACCACCACAGUAAGGAGUUCAUAGUGAGCCAGACUCCUCUGAGCAGCACCGUGGCAGAUUUCUGGAGAAUGAUCUGGGAACACAACACGCACACUGCUGUCUGUCUGCCAGACACACACUGUCAGAGUAAGGAGGGCGAGUCUUGUGUUUACUGGCCCAGAAAAGACCAGCCAAUGAGCUUUGAGGGUUUCACUGUGUCGUAUUCGGGCGAGGAGCAUGUAUGUCUGUCCAAUGACGAGAGGCUUUUGGUGCAGGACUUUACAAUGGAGUCUCCACAGAACAAUUAUGUGUUGGAGGUGCGCCAGUACAGCGCCACCUGCUGGCCCAACCCAGACAGCCCAAUCAGGAACAGUUUUGAUCUGGUCAACACAGUCAGAGAGCACAGCAGACACUCAGACGGACCCACGGUCAUACACGACCCGUUGGGAGGUGCUACAUCAGGGCUGUUCUGUGCCCUCACCACCCUGUGCAGUCAGCUUGAGGAGGAAGGAGCGGUUGACGUCUACCAGGUGGCACGGAUGACCAACCUCAUGAGACCUGGGGUUUUUAAUGAUGUAGAACAGUACCAGUAUCUGUACCGAGCUGUGCUGAGUCUGGUUAGCAGCCAGGAGGACCAGAGAGCCCUGCAGAGUCCAGAAACGAACGGAUCUGUACCACUGGGACAGACUAACAUCGCUGAGAGUCUGGAGUCCCUCAUGUAGACACACACAAGCACACACACAUACAUGCACAUUGACUCAUUUGUGAUGAGAGGAUGAAAGGCAUCAUGUUUGUGUCUAUGGUUAAUAGCUGUGUCCACUGAGCAUGCUAAUGCUUUAAUGUACAGUAUGCUCAAUAAUCAGAGAUCGUUAGUCAAAAUAUAAAAAUAAAAUAAUAAUAAGUAAUCCAGUCGUACAUUAAGUAAUCCAAAUCACUCUCUUCCCUUUUAAUUAUAAAUAAUGAAAACAAAAACACCACUUUUAUGACGAGUGAAUCCCAUUAAACAGGAGCUCAAACAACUUGCUGUCUGCAGUUUGCUUUUUAUCAUUUACGUAGUUUCUUUUUGACGCAGUUCAUGUGUGUCUCGUUUUCCCUCCAAACACAUCUGGCAGCUGCAGACAGGUCAUUAAAGGGAUGACCUUUACUUCUCAUACUGUCAGCAUUAGCAUGCACAGCAGACUAAGCUACAGAAUCUACCAGACACAGAGCUCAUGUCUGACCAACCCGCCAUGAUGUGAAAGGUACCACUGUCUGAUCAGGCAGCCUGGUUUUAGUUAAUUAAUUAAAGGCUAAUAAAUAAUUUAGUAAUGCUUUAUAGAUCAGUUAUAAGUCUUUAAAUAAACAAUGUUUGUGUUGCCAGGUUGUGCUUUGAGUUAUUUCUGGAAAAGGGCUGCAGACGAGAUGGACCAAAAUCCAUUUAGUAACAUGUUGCAGACUUGCUAAUUAAAGCCCUUUAUUAAACAUUUAUAACACAGACUUGCUAAUUAGAAAGUGAAAACCCAAGAUUGAUAACUAUGUUUUUACAGAAUAGAAAGGAUAAACAUGAGCCAAUGAGAUUUCUGCCAACCCAAUAACUGAUCUAUAAAGCAUUGGUGAACAAUUUGUUAGCCAUUGAUAAAGACGUGUUUAAAAUUCAAAAAGUCCUUUAUAACAGGCUCGUUAUUAGAAAGUGGUACCAAAAAAGCUUCACUGCCUUUUCCAAUGAGAGCCUCCAGACGUUCCAGCUGUGUAUGUGUUGCUGCUCAGCGUGCAGCCUGAAGCAGCAGAGAGACGGCAAAAAAACCUUUUGAGGGCUUUCAUUAAAAUCUAAAAUCACUUUUCUUAAUGAUGAAGGGAGUCAGUUAUUUAAUUCCAGUAACAGGCCUACCCUCAUUUCCUAAAUUAAUCUUUAACAUUUUUUCUUUUUCAUUUGAACAAUUGUUAUUUUUUGCUUCUUUUUCGUCACUCUCAUGUGUUCCAUCUUUUUUUCUAAAAAACUGAAAUAAAAAUUGCAACUGGAAAACAGGCAAAACAAACAAAGUUAAAGCAGGAGUUCCGAUAAUACAAAUAAAUACAAAUGAAAGUAGCUUUUAUGUUUAAAAAAGGGAAAUUAUGCUAAACCCUCCUCAACCCUUGAUGAUAUUGUAUGCACUGCACAUUAACCAGCAGAUUCUGGGGCUCAAACUACCACGUAUCCUUAUUUAGAGUAAUGUGAUGAAUAACCAAAAUCUCUUGAGGCCUCACUAGUGACAGUAAACUGACUGCUGGUUUUUACUGCUGUUGAAUUUAUCUGUUCAUGUCCUGUUGCCACUGGCUCCAUGGUCUUUGGUACCCCCCCGUGCCUUUUGUAAUUCAUGUUCUUGUACUUUAAACCGGUUUUGAUACAACUGUGUGACUAAUAUGCCAAAAUAAUGACCUGUGAUCUUUUUUUUUUUUAUUUUCUUAAAGUCUCGUUAUGCUCGUUAACUUAAAGGUCAGAGAGGAGAGUGGGGGGAACGUCAUCAGGCUCAGACAAUCUGUAAAAGAUCAGAUUUAUAGUGAUAAUCUGCACAACACCUGACAGCCCCUGUAAGGCUGACACGUGGCUGUAAACAGUUUGAUUUCAUGUCAGUUAACAAUGGAUUCAAAUGAUCAACAGCUAGAGAAAAUAUCUAAACCUCUCCAACCACUGCUGCAACAGAGUGAUCCAUCCAUAUAAUCAGCUAUAAGUAAGGCAGUCCAUCUUUCAGCUGAGCCAGCUGUCACAUUGUUGCAAACAUUCAGUUUAGAGACAAACAGCUGAACUUGCUGAUGUUCGACCCUGCACUUCCUCUGCGUCCCUGUGCCACAUGCUACGACUGUUUUCAUUUCAAGGGAGUCCAAAUGUUUCCCCUGCGUCGGACGCGAUCUUUCAAACGAUGUUGCGGCUUCUAUCCGCGUGCACUCUGCCGUUAGCUCAUCUGGGGAUGCACAAUGGCACAGAUCGGCUACUGCUGCUCAACCAGACAGCGAUUCAAAGCAGAUUGAAGCGCAACACUCUUUGUGUGUAAAUAUCCCUGAAUACAUCAAAAGGCCAAAUUGCUGUAUGUUUAUACUGUACCUCUAUAUAUUUUCUAUUUUACUAUAAAAAGUGAUUUUCUAGUCAUUUACACAUAUUUAACUGUGUGGAUUCUAUUUGAUAAUUUUAGCCUGGAAAUAUUGAUCAUGUUUAUAGUUUUAAUGGAAUGUUAUCUCUUUUUAUCUUUAUGAUUACAGUAGCAGCUUAAUGUCUAUACCUUUAUCUCCAGCCAUACACUGGUGCAGUAUGUAUAUAGCAACAGGUUGAACAAACCCUGUUUAUGAUUUCAACUUGUUUCUUUUUCUUGGAGGAAAAAAUAAAAUGUUCUUGUUUAGACCCAAA